UGAUGCCGCAAACGAAUCCUCGAGAUUUGAUACGUUUAAGCAUCCUUCCUAAGGGUUUCUGCAUAUCCAUGAAACGCGCUCAGAAAGAAUAUUCGGUGGCUUUGAAAUAUUUUGAAAGUUUGCCGGGAACUUGUGUCGAAUACGAACUCCCGGAAGACGAACUAGACGAUUUCCAAAUUAUAAGUGAAUGCGGUGCGGUUCUCCGAGCUGCGAAAAAAGAAAAUGUCGGAAGUUCGUUAUUCGUGGAGUUCGGAAAUCCCAAUGAUGUGGAAAAGUUGAAGAAAUUACGCGGAAAUUCAAUUGUGAUUUCUCCUUCGGAACCCGGGAUUAAGAAGAAGUUUUCCUGGCGUGGAGUUGGUUCAGUCCGUCUUCUUUGGCCUUUGGAUAAUCCCAUCGGGAGGGCCGUGGUGGAAUUCCCGGAUGGAGAAUCAGCAAAAUACGCCUUUGACAGGGUUUUCGGGGAAGAUUUCUUUGUUUCCGUCUGGAUCUCUGAAAUGAACCAGAAUUAUUUUCCAGUCAAGGUAUUGCGGUCAGCUGAUGAUGCAGCAAAAAUGGAAGUCGUUGGUUUUCCUCCUCUGGUUCAUUCAUCGGCUAUUCGUGCCGCUUUUCAGGCUUGUGAUGUUGACAUGAAGGACGUCAAAAUCACGCUGGGAUACAAGGAAAAGAACGCCUCAAAUACAAUCGUGAAAGUGAAGAAGGAGUUGUUCUCUUAUAUCGGG